UUCUAUCUCAGGUUUCUUUUUAUUGAAUCUUGAAGCUCAAGUUCAUGGCUUCAUCAAAAGAUGCUUCAAAUCCUGAAGUUAGCUCUCACCUGGAGCCGGUGUGUUGUUCUACCCUUUGGCUGGGAACACAGUCACCUGGGAAUCAUUCCAGCAGGUGGCUUCUGAAGUCCAACCUGUUAGGUUGAAAUCUGACACUGACACACACUCCGGGAGCUGCUGGCGGAAAGCUCAACCAGGAACCAGGAAAUGCCCAAGCCUCUUGAUGCAUAAAAACAGCUGGGCUCCCUUGGAGACGGAGUGCCAUGGGAAACCGGGUCUGCUGCGGGGGAAGCUGGAGCUGCCCAUCAACUUUCCAGAAGAAAAAGAAAAGAGGAAGCCAAGCAAGAUGGACACUGAAGCCGAAGCCACAACAGCUGCCGCAGAAUGGCCCAAAGGACCAUGAAACAACAGGACAUACGUAUGAGCGGGUGUUACAGCAGCAAGGGUCUCAACAGAGGAGUCCAGGCCUCAUGUCAGAAGACAGCAACUUACAUUAUGCUGACAUUCAAGUGUGCAGCCGUCCCCAGCCACGCUCUGGCCAGGAAGUGAAACAUAUGCAUUUAGAACACGCUACAGAGUAUGCGAUCCUUCGCUUCCCCCAGGCCACACCUCACUAUGACAGCAAGAACGGGACCCUGGUGUGAGCCUUGGGGAGGCAGACCCAGCCAUGUUAACCACUACUCCUCUGGGGGGGAAUCUACUGCUUUGGAGAAUUGGGUGGCAACCCAGGGAUGUUGGCCAUGUUUUAAGCUUAAAGAACUCCAGGCCGGGCGCGGUGGUGCACGCCUGUAAUCCCAGCACUUUGGGAGGCCAAGGCGGGCGGAUCACGAGGUCGAGAGAUCGAAACCAUCCUGGCCAACAUGGUGAAACCCCGUCUCAAAAAAAAAAGAACUCCAAAGCCCCUGAAUUGUGGGAGUCCCCAGUUUCUCCUCUGGCUUCUCACUUGCCAUUGUUCGGUUGGAGUUAUAGUUGAUUUAGCUGUGGGUGGACAGAAUUCCACAUUGAGGUUAGGUGGCGUGUGCAGGGAGGUAGGUCUUCGACUCCACCUUUGUUGCUCCUGCUCUUGAAAAGCGCAGAAAGAGCAGAUUACCCUAUAAGCACGUGGGCUUAUCUUGUCGGACUUGAAUUAAAUAGUAUCAUUUUUUUCACACACCUUAAACUCCAAAGCUGAAGGGGAGGUGCUCUGGAAAAGCAUUCUGAGCUUUUGCACUCAGACACCAGGGCUGGUUUGGGCCAUUUCUUCAGCGGCUGGAUCCGGUUCCAGACCUUAACAGACAAAUGGGGGAAAGGGGCUGAGGCGUGGACGAAGAGUUCUCCAACCACGGCCUACAGGACUUCAAGUCACUGAGACCGACAGCACAGCGAGGGCCGGAAACUUCCCUCGGCGGGACUGUGGGAUCUCGCGGGUGCGGGGCCGCUUGGAUCAAUAAAUGGUCUGAGGAACAA